CAAAAACAAACGGGCGUGACUUUGCAAGCUUGUCGCGUUUAGUUAAAAGUUUUGUGUGUUGUCUUCUUGUCCUUUUGGACUUUUAAUGUUUUAUCGUCUCGUUAUCAUUCACGUCGACCCUAUCUUAACAGUUCGAAGUUCUCUAAUCAAGACUAACAAUGGCUGAGGAAGUUGAUGGCAACACAAUUCUGGCUGAGGCCCUCAAGCAACAGGGCGUCGAAAUAGUUUUCGGCAUCGUUGGUGUCCCUGUAAUUGAACUGAGUUUGGCCAUGCAACUCGAAGGUAUCCAGUUUAUCGGAAUGCGAAAUGAGCAGGCGGCCUGUUACGCAGCACAAGCCUGGGGCUACCUCACUCAACGACCGGCAGCCUGUCUGGUUGUGUCAGGUCCUGGUGUGCUGCACGCUGUCGGAGGACUCGCCAAUGCCAAAGUCAACGCCUGGCCCGUUUUACUCUUGGGAGGAGCAUGUCCUCAAGACCACGAAGCCAUCGGUGGAUUUCAGGAGUAUCCCCAAGUCGAGUCCUGCAGCCUGCACUGCAAGUACUCAGGAAAACCAGGCGCCGCUGGCCUCAUUCCUCAACAUGUGGAAAAAGCCAUCAGGGCUGCCACUCACGGUCGACCUGGAGCGGCCUAUCUAGACUUGUCUGCAAAUGUGUUGACGCAGAGAAUAACCAGAGAUGAGUUUACAAUUGUCCCUCGGUGUCUGCCUCCUCCGACAACUUUGCCUCACCAGCAAGAUAUUCUCAGAGCAGCUGAACUUUUGAGCCAAGCGCAGCGCCCACUGAUGAUUGUUGGUCCCAGUGCUGCGUACUGGCGUUGCGAAAACGCCGUGGUGAAAAUGGCUGAGGCCUUUAAGCUGCCCGUCCUUACGGCGCCACUGGCCAAAGGCAUGAUUCCUGACGAGCACCCUCAAAACGUCGGGUCUGCUCGCAGCCUUGCCUUGCAACAAGCGGACGUUGUUCUGCUUGUAGGCAACCAGCUUAACUGGCAAAUGCACUUUGGUCGGCCACCCAGAUUCAGUCCUGACGUGAAAUUCAUCCAGCUUGAAGUCGAUCCAAAUGAUUUGCAUGAGAGCGUCCAAGCCACAGUUCCAAUUGGCGGGGAUUUAACUUCCAGUCUUUCUGCUUUGACCUCAGCUCUACAAGGACGCUGGACUGUUUCUCGUCUUUGGUGGUUGGAACUGGACGCAGCCAUUCAAAAGAACAAGAAGUCUGUCGUGAGUCUUUCCCUUGAUGUGUCAACGCCUCUGAACUACUACGCAGUUUUUCACCAUUUGCAAGAGCUUCUACCAAAAGACUGCAUUAUUGUAAGUGAAGGGGCGAAUACGAUGGACAUUGGUCGGGCUGUGCUCCUGCAUAACAAGCCGCGUCACAGAUUAGACGCAGGAAUAUUUGGAACAAUGGGGGUCGGUUUGGGUUUUGCUGUGGCUGCUGCGGCGUGGAGCAGGAAGUACGAGCCAAAUAAGCGAGUCAUCUGCGUUGAGGGGGAUUCAGCGUUUGGAUUUUCUGGAAUGGAGUUAGAAACUCUAUUUAGAUACAAGUUGCCCGUCAUCGUGGUUGUGGUAAACAAUAACGGGAUAUACGGAGGAUUUGACAAGGAGAUGUGGGAGAGUUUACGAGAGGAAGGAGACUUGGCUCUUGUGAGCCCUCCGACCAGCCUGAGCGUGAGCGUUCGUUAUGAGAAAAUGAUGGAGAUGUUUGGUAAACAAGGCUACUUCUGCCAAACAAUUCCUGAACUGCAGAAGGCUGUGACUGAGUCACUCAGAGUGACUGAUGGCCCAAGCUUUAUCAACGUGGCCAUUAACCCAAGUGCUGACCGUAAACCUCAGGCACAUUCCUGGCUGACCAGCUCAAAGUUAUAAAUUCCAAAUUAUUCCGAGUGAUAAGUAUGUGAUUGUUAAAAAUAUGACUUGUUAUGAAACCAUUGGAUGGUCAGUUUUUUAAUUUUGUAUAGAGAGAAAUGAUAUUUUUAAAUAAACAGCAACAAUUUUUGUUAAAAGAAAAUUUCUUAAU